AAUACUCUCCAUGUUUUCUUUCUUGCCCGUCGUCUCUUCCUCCCACUCGCAAACGAACGUUUCAUUGUAUUGUCGAGCGCAAACUUCGCCAAGAUUUCUUAGUUAGAUGAGUUGAAUUACGACGACAGGCGACACUUAGGCCCGAAGCCCUCGCCUGAUACUAAUCGAACCUGGGCUUGCAAUGUCGGGCAGUAUGGAUAAUUUCCACGGCUUCAGUAAUCUGGGCGACAACUGGCAAAAAAAUUCAAGUUGGUUGGGUGCAAGUGGGAUCUCACAAGCUGCUUAUAAUAGCAAUUCGACAUUUGGGGUGAUCAAUCAGUUCAAAUUCCUCGCCGCAAGGUCGAUACGAACGUCGACGAUAAUCCUCGCUGCUUUCAAUACGGUAUCAGCCUUUGCGGCAGCUGCUGGUAUCUUUUACGAUUGCUAUGUGGCAACAAAACGAUCAAAUUUGGAAAAUAAUACGAGAACCAGUGUCUUCCGAUGUCUUUUCGGAGGACCAGAAACGUAUCCGUUCAUUUUAUCAUUGAGCAUUACGAUCCAAGGCAUCAUAUUUGCUGUCUGUCAAUCAUUCGGCCUGGAUGGCCUAUUCAUCCCACAAUGCUCCCUGAUAUCCCAAUUCAUGUGGCCGGCAAUUUUCAUCGUUCCUUACAUACAAUUGGUUUUCGGAUUAGAAGUCUUCUACCGAGCUACUAGAAGCGAGCCGUUUCCUCCAAGGGGGAAAUGGAAUGUAGUGAUCUGCCUCGUGAUUGUUAAGAUCCUCCUUGUGGGCACUGGCUUGGUUGGGCUUUUCGUCCAGCCUCCGAAUUUCUGUUUUGCGUCUCUUUUUUGGUUUGUAGCAAGAUGGGCAAAAGGCGGUUUCGUCAUAUUGGUCACAAUCGCUGUCAUUUUAACGAUCUGCAGCGUCGUUAUCUUCCGGAAGUUAACCCGCUCGUCGAUGAUCGAAAAUUCUGAACGAGUCAGCGCAUCAAGAAUGGUGUACUACCUUGUCUUGGCCGUUAUAACUAACGCAUUGAUUGUACCAUUCUUUGUGUACCUAACGGUUUCGACCUCCUUUAGCGAUGAUGGCAAUUCCGGCCUGACAUUAUCUAUGAUCUCGACUGUCGUGGCCAACUUAACGGGGCUUACAACGGGUGGUCUUCACCUAUUCCUUCGAUCCAAUACCAUUGGUACGAUUGGGCCGAAAAACAAGCUAGCCAAAUACGAACGUCAGAAGAUGAAGCGCCAGACUCGAGCUGGGGGAAUAAACGGUAUGGACUUCAACGGCAUGCUCCAGCCUGUACCGGGACCCCAAUCCAUCGCAAAAACAGAAAGCCAAGAGAACCUUGUGGACGAAAAGGGUAACGACAUGGAGCGUGGAGAAAGCCCAUACUAUAGGGCUUCUUUACAACUUAGCCCACGCAGUCCAGAUCCCCUCAGAUCUAAUGCUGUUUUUGAGGCAGCGGAUAUUCCACGAAUUCCAGAGCCAAUCCAAGUUCCUCCUACUCCUUCGGCCAUUACUCACAACCGAAAACCAUCGGCCUCCUACACUCUCUUCCCCAGCAAAAACCAAGGCAACACAGCCUCGGUUGCAUUAUUACCUCCCACUGCUUACAACCCUAACACCCAAGCAAACUUAGCUCCUCCUAGCUUCCCAUUUGGUGACCCAAAUGAUACUCUCAAACCACCUCCCUCAAUUCGACCCCCUUGGAGCCGCCAUAGGCGAGAUUCAUCGAUGGCUUCAUCCGCAACAGUUCAAAUAGGUCUACGCAUUUCGAACGUUGCAGAUAUAGGCCCAAUGAAUCCCAAGGUCUCCACCGAAGCCGAAAGAGUCUACGAUCUAGAGUGUCCUCAAAAGGACGAACCGGCGAAUACGUACCGACCAAGUCCUCUCGCGACGUAUUCCGCGCUACCUCAGAGUCCCGCCCCUUCGAGGGACUCGAGAAUGAAAAAUCUCCCACCAGUGCCCGCCCAAUCCGAAGAGCAGAAGAAAGAUUGUACUCUAAGCCCGCUAGUAUACGAUCCGAAUAGUCCUACAAAGUCGAGGACCCCAAGCCCCAGAGGGGUUGGGUUCGGUGUUCCCCGAAGAGCGAAUACCACACCGGUACAAGACCCACCAUCGCGGGUGCCAUCCCGAAAUCGCGGCAAUUCUAGUAGCGCUGCAGAGUAUAGGUCUGACUGGAUAUAAGAUCUAGCAGGCUUAUUAAACAUCGCACAUCUGCUUUCGAGGUUAUAGACAAAAAGAAUGCUACGAUU